AUGGCCUCGGCAUCUUCAUCUACCUGGAGCUCACUUGGACUUGGAGUAGCCGUAACGUGGGUCACACUCGGUCUAGUCGGCAUUUUCCAACCAGCUCGAUCAGCACAAAUAUUCGGAGUAUCAUCACCAACCGAGCCCAGUGGUAAGGCCGACAAUACGGGUAUCGCAGUCAUCCUCGGCUCUCGAGAUUUCGCCGUCGCCGCUGCCCUGUUCGCACUGCAUGAGGCCGACAAGCAUGAAGAGAUGGGUACCGUGAUUUUAAGCACCAUGAUCAUCUGCGGGGCAGACAUCUAUCUUGCCUGGAAAGCGAAGAGGGGUUUGGAAAUGGUCAUCUUCACAGUCGGGGCUUCUGUAUGGGGAGUCAUCGGUUUGGGAUUAAAGGGAUUUUUUGUUGAAUAG